AUGCGACUAGAAGCUCAAAUAUUGAUUUCUUCCUCCCCACCCAAUUUGGAAGACGAAACUCUGGGAAGAUUUCUAAAAACACUGACUGUUCUCACUGUCGACAGACUGUCUAUAAUUUGUGUUGUUCUAACCUCUCAGGAAACUCUAUUCUUUGGGGUGUUAGCUUCUUGUCUUUAA